GGACAGAAGUCAGACUUACUGAUGCCAUUACUCUUGAUGCCUUUUGUGUAAGGUGGUUUCCUAGAAACAUGAUUGUUUGUUGGUCUUGAUCUCACAGACCAGUGAGGACUUCUAUACUGAUAAUGUCAAGUUCAGGUUAUCCUCCCAACCAAGGAGCAUUCAGCACAGAACAAAGUCGUUAUCCUCCCCACUCUGUCCAAUACACCUUUCCCAGCACCCGCCACCAGCAGGAAUUUGCAGUCCCUGACUACCGCUCUUCUCAUCUUGAAGUCAGUCAGGCAUCACAGCUUUUGCAGCAGCAGCAACAACAGCAGCUUCGAAGACGACCUUCCUUGCUUUCAGAAUUUCAUCCAGGUUCUGACAGGUAAUGGAUUUCUUUUAUGUUUCCA